UUUUCCAGAAUGAGUUGAACGAAAAUGUACCUGCUAGUAAAAUAUAUUUGUUUAAGGUUAAUCAUGUGAGUUUUCCAAACAGAAGUAUUUUAUUCAAUACUAUAAAGGACUAAAAAGCAAUGUAAGCCAAGUCCAGAAUGAUCUCCCAAAAGCUAUCUAUCAAGAUCACCAGAAGAAAACAUAGCUAAGUGUCACUUUAUUCUCCUUCUCUGCUAAGAAGAAAACAAUGAUGGCUGGGCUUGUCGGAGCUGCUUUUCCUCCAGGUGUUGUUUGAUAGGAUGGCUUUCCGAGAUCGAGGUUUUUACUUCUACCGUACGUGGAAGGAAACUCACUGAUGGCUAGUUGAAGAUGCUUUUGCUUUCUGUUAAUACAGCGCUCAAUGAUGCGGAGGGGAAGCAAAUUACCAGUUUUUAGGUUGAUCUUAAGCAGUGUUUUGUUUAAUUUUCUCUAUUUCCAAAGGAUUAUGAAUUUGGUAAAGAGCGAAUUGAUCUUAAUUAUGGAUGGCAGAAGGUUUUCUACUAGAGCCUAGAACUAAUCAGAUGUGGGAAGAAGUAGAGUAUGUAUUUUCAUGAUGUUGUUAAGGCCAUAGCUUCAGCAAUUAUCAACUAGUGAUAAAUCGUGUUAUGUAAUGCAUCAUCUUCUCUAUGAUUUAGCAAAAUUUGUGGCAGGAGAGUUUUGUUUGAGAUUAGAAGACUACAAUUCAAGCAAAAUUGAUGGAAGGACUCGCCAUCUAUCAUAUUUCAGAGAGACGUGUGGUCCAUCUACAAGAUUUAAGGCCUUUCACAGAGCAACGUGUAUAACAACUUUCCUACCAAUUUUGGUACCAAGAUUUGACGCAUUGGCCAUGGCGGCCAUGAGUGAAAUACAAAAAUGAAAAGGUUGUUGAUAACGUUUUCCUUGGAGUUUCGGCAACAUGUCCCGCCUUGUCAUUUUCCAUAAAACAAGUAAACAAGUGGGGAUUCCUCUGGUUCUCUCAUUGGGUCAUACUUAUCAAUUUCUAAUAAAAAUACACUUUCAGUCUACUUCUUUAACCCUAUUGUUGAGCCUCAGUAACGUCAAUCCAUUAUUUUCUGCUAAAGCAGUUACUUGCCCAAACAGUGGUGCAAAAAUUUCAAAAGCAAACAAAAGAAAGUCAUAAGGAAAGAAAGGCUGUUCUUCAAUAAUAGAGUUAGAACUUAUUAUUGAAGUGAAACUCCUGUCAUGGCUACUACCUGCAACAACUCCAGAGAUUCAUCACUGCCCAGCCAAAGACUAGUAGGGAAAGUGGCAUUGGUCACUGGCGGAGCAACUGGCAUUGGUGAGAGCAUUGUGCGUCUAUUUCACAAGCAUGGUGCCAAAGUCUGUAUAGUUGAUGUGCAAGACAACCUUGGUCAGCAAGUCUGUCAAUCCCUUGCCGAUGACUCAAACGUUUGCUUUUUCCAUUGCGACGUGACCAUAGAGGAAGAAGUUCACUCUGCAGUUGACUUUGUAGUCAACAAGUUUGGUACACUCGAUAUCAUGGUCAACAAUGCUGGAUUGUCAGGUCCACCAUAUGAUGAUAUCCGCAACUAUGAUUUAUCAGAUUUUCAAAAGGUGAUGGAUGUGAAUGUGAAGGGUGUUUUCCUUGGAAUGAAGCAUGCUGCUAGAAUUAUGAUUCCUCAUGAAAAGGGUUCUAUCAUUUCUGUCUGUAGUGUUUCUAGUGUCAUUGGGGGCCUAGGACCCCAUGCAUAUACAGGGUCCAAACAUGCUGUUUUAGGCCUUAACAAGAAUGUUGCAGCUGAGCUAGGAAAAUAUGGGAUACGUGUGAAUUGUGUUUCUCCAUAUGCAGUUGCAACAGGCUUAGCUUUUGCUCACUUGCCUGAGGAUGAAAGAACUGAAGAUAUGCUAGCAGGUUUUCGUGCUUUUGUUGGGAGAAACGCUAACUUGAAUGGGGUGGACUUGACUGCUGAUCAUGUGGCUAAUGCUGUUCUCUUCUUAGCAAGUGACGAAGCCGGGUACAUAAGUGGAGACAAUCUUAUGGUUGAUGGUGGCUUUACAAGCACAAAUCACUCAUUGCGUGUCUUUCGAUGAGGAAUGAUGAAAUUCAAAUGUGAAAUAAGCAGUUUCAUUAGCUUAGCUGCCUAGGUCCUAGUUUUUAUUCAACUUAUACGAUAUUAUAUUUCCUUAUUUUCCUUUUUCUUUCAUUGGUGCAGUAGGCUUAGUUCAGUCAGUUUCUUGAUAAGAACUUAAAUAUGUAAAUUUCCUUUCCAAUAUAAAAUGGGUGGAAGAUCGAAGAAUUAUUCUUAUUAUCACUGGACAAUCAUUUAAAUU